AUGUCUCAUAAGGGAGCAAUUAAGAAGGUUUCAACCACCAGAGAUAGACAACAGUCAAGUGUUAGAACUAAAUCGAAAAACUCAUCAUCUAAGACAGAUGACUCUGAAAAAGUAGAAUUGAAGUUAAUAAGAACAUCUCAAACUCUUGAGAAAAAGAAGGAGAAUGAAAGUUACUUAAGAUUAACACAAAAUGUGCAAGCAAGCAAAAGCAGUACAAAAUCUUCAGUUAGAUCUCCUAAAACCGUGCCUUUCAAAGAAACUUCAUCUUUAACAUCCAAAUCAAAUGUUAACAAUUCUAGAAUAUCAUCAAAAAGCAUUCUAACAUCUAAAACAUCAACUGAUCACUUAAAAACAUCAACUAGUAAUAAUGCCAUAAAAAACAGCAAAAGCAGCAGUGGAAGAAUACAGAGUAGUUAUUCAGAAAAAAGAGGUCUAAGUACAAUAUUUGUACCACAAUCAGCUUUAAAUAAACUUAAUACUAAAUUACCUAACAAAAAUAAUAUUUCAACAUCAAAAAGUCAGGAACAAGUUAGAAUACAUUCAAGUGCAUUAGAAACAACUGAGUCUAAAAUAAAAUCUAGACAGCGCAAAUUAUCUAGGACAUUAAGUCCAAGUGAAGUAAAAAUGUUACAUUCUGCUAUAAGUAGACCAGAUUCUUCACAAACAUUAGAUCAAACUAAAAAGAAGCAACUGGAAACACCUCAGAUAGACAAUGAGUAUAAUUAUGAGGAUGAUUUUGAGGAUUAUGAAUCUGAUUUUCAAGAGUGCACAGACAGUGAAACAUCUGAAGUUAGCGAAGAAACAAGCAACAAUCAUAGUAAUUUACCACUGGACCCAAUUGAAUUACACACUGCAAAACAACCAAAAAUUGUAAAUAGUGCUGAACAUAAGGAGGAAGAGCAUAUGCAUGAUUCUGGUCAUUAUGAACUUACUGAAGCUAGAAAAAGAGCAGCAAGAAUAGAAUCAAUUGCACAUGAUCCAAAGCUAUCUUCACUUCUUGAAAUAAGACAACCAAUUAAUAAAUCAUAUAGUGAAGAGAAAUCAGAAAAUAAGUCACUACCAUUAUCUACCGAUGAAGGAUUUGAAGAUAGUCGUUCCGGUGAUUUUACAAAGUCGCCACCGAUUUCACAAAUAUCGUUUAUCGAUUUUCGUAAAAUUAAAGAAGAACAAAAACCAAAAGAAUCAAAGAAAAUUUUAAGUAGGGGAGAAGAACUGUUAGAAAUGAUAAAAUUAGAUGUUAUGGAGUGGUCUCUCUUAGAAUGUUCACCUAUACCAUAUGAAGAAUUUAUUAGAAGUUAUGGAAAAUUGAAUGCCCAACAAGUAUCCACACAAACUGGUGAAGAUAAUAUUGAUACAGAAACGCAAACGGAGGAAAUUAUGUUUAAGAAUAAAUGGACUCAGUUUCCAAUAACAUGUAGAAAAGAUUUAAAAACCAAAGAAGAUUUAGAUUUAUUUCGAACGGAUCAAAUUGGAGUUGGGAGUGACAGUAGCACAGAAACUAUGAAUUUCUUACCAUUACUAUCCUUCGAUAUAUUACGAUUAAGUGAUUUUAUGAAUCGUGCAGGAAAGGUAAUGUUAUCGUUAUUAGAAGAGAGACGAUCUGGUGGUAAUGUAUUUAAAAAUGAAGAACAAAUAGCAUUCAGCGACGGUGUUGUCAGACUUUCUGUAAAUUCGGUAACAUUUUUGGCUGGCAGAGCAGUGACAAUAAUCCAUUAUUCUGAAGUCUUAAAUAAAAUCUUAAUGACUGUUCAUUCUCCAGUCGAAGAAGAAAUUGAGACGUCUAACAAACAGGAUUAUAUUACUGAUUGUUGCAUUGGAUGUGUCUGGAAUACUUCUGAACCAUCGACGCCAAUAAAAUUAUUUUAUUCCACCUGUCCCAUUACUGCAUGUUGUUUCCAUUUGACGAAUUACAAUGUUGUAUUUGCGGGUCUUCAAGACGGGUCAAUAAGUCUCUGGGAUUUAAAAGAAGAUGAAAUGUGGCAUCACAAAAUAACAGAUAAAGCCAAUGAACUAGAUUGGACAAUACGAAUGCCUACAUACACAACAGCAACAAAGACAGAAAUAAAUACUCAAAUUUCACAAAUUGUUGCAAUCCGUAUAUUAUCUAAAAUUGAAGAAAAAUCGUUAGAACACCGUAAUAAUAAGUUUGUACCAAUACAGAUAUGUAGUUUAAAUGAAAAUGGUUCUCUUAUUAUAUGGAGCGUUUUGCAUAAUAUGGGCAAAAAUAUCGACGACUUAGGACUAUCGCUUUGGGGUAGUAUAAGACUUGUUAAGAGUCAAGAGCUGCUUUUACAAUCUUCUAAAAAAAAAAAUAUCAGUGCAGCUGCCUUUAUUAACAUGCAUGUAGAUUGCAUUGAUACUAAUAAUCUUUAUAUUGUCACUAACAGUAGCAGUAUUUUGCAUGCUACCUCCAUUGGUAACAAAGCUAACCCUGCUGUGUAUACAAAGUUGGAUACUAAUCCUUCUGGAAACGUAACUUGUAUCGAAACAUGUCCAUUCGAACAAUCAUUUUUUCUGGUUAGCUGUGACGAUGGAACAAUUCGAUUACAUUCUUUAAAUAUCGAAAAGCCGAUUUUACAGUUAAGAGACGAAGACAAUACGUGUGAAAUUAAAUCGAUACAAUGGUCAAAGACAAAGCCAUUUUUGAUUUUUGUACUAGACAAUAAUUCUUGCAUACAUAUAUGGGACUUAAGUAGUAGUGAUAUAUAUCCAACAUGCAAAGUAAACAUGCAAAAAAAUGGGUGUAUAAAAUGUAUGCAAUUAUCAUCCUGCAAAACAAAACGAGAAAUGUCUUGCCAAUACUUGGCGCUUGGAAUGGAAUCCGGAAACGUUGAAAUACAUAAAUUGAAAACAAAUUUUUAUUACUCUAAGAAAGAAGACUAUUUACAAGAAUUAAAUACUUUUAUGCAAUACGUGAAAAUUUUAUAA